UCGCUUCGUUCUCCUAACUGCCAGUCACCGAAAUCCGUCCAAUACCCGCAGUGCCAUUUCUAAACUGUAUUCCCCACUGUGUCCUCCAACUGUUGUGUGUUCUGCCAAUCGCUUGAGGACAGAGUGGGAAAAGGAGCAAGCAGAGUUAGAAGCCGGACAAAAGAACUUAUAGAACCCGUAUAUACAUAUUUUCCUCAUGUUUUAGGGAGCGCGGUGUGCUGGAAAAACAGUUGCGGUGAGUGUGCAUGGACUUGUCAGUGUAGUUAUGGAACCCCCUUUAAGCAAGAGGAAUACAGCGAUAAGAUUAGCGGAAUUGGCAGCGACUCAACCCCAUCCUCAUCAGAAUAUGACAGGCUUCCCGGGGCUCGGGGGGCAUCACCCUCUCUCCCACCAUGCCCACCUCCACCCUGGGGAGCUGGGCAACGACCCCGGAGUGGCACUCACUCCAUUUGGACCAGAGCACAUGGCACAGACAAAUGCUCUCAAACUUAGCCCAUCUCAGCACAUUCAGAGCCAUCACGAAGCCCAGACCGCGGCAUCUUUCACUUCCACUCAGACCACAGUUGGUUUCCCCGUGGCUCACCCCCACUCAGGCUACUCAAGCAGCAGGGACUUCAUCCUCAGGAGAGAACUCUCAGCCUCUGCUAUGCAUGCACUUGGCGACCAGCAUAGUUCCGCCUCCUCCCCUCAUCACCAUGGCAUGUUCAUCUCCCCAACAGGUGCCUAUGGGCACACGGAUAGUGGGGCCCAUUCACUUUUUACUGGACUUCACGACCAGGCGUCCCAAGGUGCCCACCACCACCACCACCAUGCCCUUAACGGGCAGAUGCGCCUGGGUAUACCGGGGGACAUCUACGGCAGGCCAGAGCAUUUCGGGCACAGGCCAGAACACUAUGGACCCUCUUCUCUCCACAGCUACAACUCCAUGAACCUCAAUGUGAACAUCGCUUCAGCUCCUCACGGAGCGGCGGGGGCGUUUUUGAGAUACAUGCGGCAGCCCAUCAAACAGGAGCUCAUCUGCAAGUGGAUUGACCAGGAGCUGAGUCAGAAGAAGCCCUGCUCCAAAACGUACAGCACCAUGCACGAGCUGGUCAACCACGUCACGGUGGAGCACGUCGGGGGACCGGAGCAGAGCUCCCACGUCUGUUUUUGGGAGGAAUGUCCGCGGGAAGGAAAAGCUUUCAAAGCGAAGUACAAACUGAUUAAUCACAUCCGAGUUCACACGGGAGAAAAGCCAUUCCCGUGUCCCUUCCCGGGCUGUGGAAAAGUGUUCGCUCGAUCGGAGAAUUUAAAGAUACACAAGAGGACUCACACAGGGGAGAAACCUUUCAAGUGCGAGUUUGACGGCUGUGACAGAAAAUUCGCAAACAGCAGCGACCGGAAGAAGCACUCCCACGUCCACACCAGCGACAAGCCUUACUAUUGCAAAGUCCGCGGCUGUGACAAGUCCUACACGCACCCGAGCUCUCUGCGGAAACACAUGAAAGUCCACUGCAAGUCCCCGCCGCCCCCUUCCACCAACGUCGCCUACAUCCCCUCCACAAACCCCCACGGAGACCCACUCUCGCCCAACACCGAGGCGCACAGGAACCGCUCCUCGAACCUUUCCCCUCAGGUCACCAACCUCAACGAGUGGUACGUGUGUCAGGGAAGCGGUGGACAACCCAACCACCUCCACACGCCCUCCAGCGACUUACCCACGUCUGACUCAGACGACGAGGACACUUUCAGGAACUCAGACCCGAGGACAAUGCUCUGAUGCCCCCCCGGUCAUAGUUGACCCAUUAAAGUGUGUACAUCCAUGCUGACCCGCGCCACAUCAGGAUAUCGAUCAGUUGUUCUCACUGUAGUAUGAUUAAACGACAGUGAUACAGUAACACACACAUAUGUCGUGGAUGCAAUGCUGGCCUCGUUACGUCAGAGGGAAGAGACUUUGACCUUUUGGUUUUGGUUGUUUCUUUUUUGUUGUUUCUUUUUUAUAUAUAAAAUGCAGAUCAGAACUUACAAAAUAAAACAUUUAUAGAGCAUUAGAAAUACAAUUAAACGUUUUUCGAACCCCUUAUCUUAAAUAGCCAUUCAAAAUGGUUUCUGACUAUAACUUUUUAAAAUUAUUAUCCCCCCCCAACAAGAGCAGUUUGCUGAUUUUUAAUUAACUGCAUGUCUAAGGACUCAACUGGUGUGAUGAAGUGACAUCUUUCAUGUGACCUCCCAUCAUUCCCCUUGCAGUUUAAUAACUGGGCUGCUAUCAAUCACUGUCAAGUCCCAGACAUGCAAGGGAGAUAAAUGGUACUCCUUGUACAAACAAACUGGCAACAAAUAAUUAAUGGACAUAAUCUAGUGAGGAUAUAUAGUGGAGGAUUUUUUUUUAAUUUAGUAUUAUUAUUAUUAUUAUUAUUAUUUUAUUUCUCUGAUGAGAUAUUGUACAAAACUUUGAUAAUCGAAGGAUAAGGGGGGAACAGGAGGCAGACAUCUGUGUGUCUUACAGGUUCUCGUUUAUCUUUUCAGAUUUAUACAAUACAUGUGUUUGGAUGGAAUUUUUGUAAUAUUUAAUAACUAUUUAAGUCUAUAUUUUAUGCACAGUACACACGUGUUAUGCUCGUUAAAGAGUAUGAGUGAAGUCCCUGGAGACCCUAAAUGUCUACACUGACAGGUUUUGACCCUGUAGGAUUUGUAUAUAUGUCAUUGUGCUGAUGCUUGUGAAUGUUGUGUAGUUUUAAUUACGGAGAAGAAAAAAAACAACGUUGUUUUGUACAUUGUAAUUUAUUUGCUGGUAUCAAUGUUGUACUGGAAUUACAGAAACACCAAAGAAUAAUAAUAUCAGUUUUGGUGAUGCGUAGUACCCUGCUGAUGUUUUUAUUUUUAUCUUUAUUUUUAACUUCUGUUGUAUUUUGUUUUUAUAUAUAUUUUAAUUGUGUUCUGUAACAGGAAAAAAAAACUUGAAUAGGCUGUGUAAUGUGAAAAAUCCCUUCCUCGCAUGCCUUUUUUGUAGUGAUCCGUCUUUCUCUUUGAGGUGCAUGGUGCCGUUGGACAUGGUGGAUAAAAAAAGGAGAUGAUUAUUGUGCUGAGCCUUGUUGUUCAGAAUUAAAUUUAUACAAAUAUCUUGCUAAAAAUAAAAAAAAAUACCAGGACAUAUAUAGUAAACAAUAAUACGUGUGGCAUUGAUGAUUUAUGAAUGAGUUUUAUUCACAUUUUGACAAAACAAACAAAGAAGAUUUAAAUGGAGCUGGUGCUUUUGAGAUGUGUUGAGGUUUUACGUGUAAAUUACAGCAUCAGAGUCACUCACCUCAAACGUGAGAGUGGCUCUGUUUAAUGCUUAUCCUGACAUUUCUACACCGUGUUGUCUGAGAAUUGGGCCUAUAACGGGCCAAAGAAGGCUGGUAUAAACUAAUCACUGAGCUAAUGGGGAAACUUAGAGCCCCCUGAUGGCGCUACCUUC